AUGAAUACUUUGUCUUCUCUACGAGCUGAUUUAUACAAUGCCCCUGUCAUACCAACAAGCCGACACUUGCCAGACAGCUCGGUCGGCUUAUGGCAGCCCACAGUCGUAACCUUGAUCUCGGGUCAGUCGGAGGCUGUGCUCGUCGACACUCUCAUCACCUCUGAGCAAGCUGUCUCCCUCGGCGACUGGAUCAAAGAGACGCUGAAUGGCAAGAUCUUGACCACCAUUUACAUAACACACGGCCAUGGUGAUCACUGGUUUAAUCUUUCUUAUCUCACCAAGCGAUUCCCAGGGGUCAAAGUUGUGUCAACGCAGGAGUCGAUCGAUCACAUGUCCAGCCAGCUGACGCCCGAGUACCGUACCUUUUGGAAUGAUCUUUUUCCUGGGCAGAUCGACGAAGAGUCAUUUCAGGUUCUGGCAAAGCCUCUGAAGGAUAACAAGUUCACUCUCGAGGGGCAUACUUUGGAGGCCGUUAAUGUUGGUCAUUCUGAUACCGAUGCAACGACCUUUCUUUAUGUACCUUCACUGAACAUCUCGGUGGCUGGUGAUAUUGUGUACAAUGAUGUGCACAUGUGGAUGACGGAAUCUCCAUCACAGUCUGAUCGAGAUGACUGGGUUGACUCUCUCGACAAGCUUGAAUCCUACAAUCCAUCAAUUGUGAUUGGGUCCCACCACCGCCCCGGCGGUGUUGACGGCGCUUUCAAUAUCGGGGCUUCGAGAGAGUAUAUCCGCACAUUCAGCAAGUUCGUGAAGGAAUCCAAGUCGGCGGAGCAGUUCCAACAGUCAUCGCCAAUGCCCGACAUUACAAUCUUUACGCCAGUCGAAACACCUUCCCAGACGGCGCAUCGGUAUCCUAACCCUGGAUUCCUUGGUCAGUCCAGUCACUCAACCAUCUUUGCUCAAAUGGCCAGCACUACUCAUCAUGACACGUCAUCAUGUCCACUUCAAGAUUCGGUAUUUUUCGAGUGCGGCACUGAAAGGCCGCUACCAGACGAGAGUCCAGAUACUGUCGAUAAAGUAAGCCAGCUGUUGAAGCAUUUUCUGCAAUUGAACUUUGCCCAGUUGCGUAUUCUUCUACAAAGUUGGCAAGCUUCAGGGACCAACUUGGCCUUAGCGGAACCACUUACUGCUCGGUUUUCUGAUGCCACAGUCGCUUUCUUACAAAGAUGGAACGCAGACCUUGGUUCAGAAUCAUUCGCUAGGCAAAAGUCCCACUGGCUACUCAGGAAUAGCCGACAGUCGAUCAAUUUGACAGAAACGUCCAACACUGAAGACUUCUUCAGUCAGACCAUGGGCGACAAUUUGCGGCUUGAAGUAUUAGGCAUCUUCCUGACCGCUGCAUGCCGAGCAGUCAUGGAUAUACCGUCGUUUACACCACUUUACACAUCACACAGAGAAAGAGUCACACUGGCCAGAACCUUGAUGUCGAUUGGAGAUCUGUGUCUUGAGUGCUGUCUCUCUCUCGAUAGCCUCAACGAUCUUCAACUUGUUCUGCAAUAUGAGAACAUGAUUGUUCAUACACAAGUAGACGGAGACCAGAGCUAUCACUCCUGGAGAAGGAUGGGUGAUAUUAGUAGCAGCCUUUUUGCACUUGGAUACCACCAACUACCAGAUACUUCAACAGUUCCUCCAUUUAUCUUGCAGCUACGGAAGGCGGGCUUUGCACGGAUCUACACCGCCGAUAAAAUGCUGGCAGUAUUUCUUGGCCGUCCACCCAGAAUAGCUCGCGAAUACUGGACCACUACGCUCCCUUGCAACAAUUCGAACCUAUGGCAGGACGGUGUUAUGGAUAUUGAUGCAAAUGGUCAUGAGUAUUCUUCUAAUCCAGCCAUUGAGUGCUUACAAGGCUCAUCUAUGCCCAAGGAGCCUUUUAACCACAUGGCCGAUACUCGAGGUCGUGCUAGGUUCUCAUUUCUCAAAGAAGAUAUUCUAAAAUUCUCUCGCCGGCAUCCGCCUUCCGAGUUAGACAAUGCUAGCAGUGUCGAAGUGGCCCAAAUCUUCAACGAGAUUGAAAGUGCCUGGAAUGCUCUCCCUGAACAUCUCAGGCUUACACAGACUCUAAAGCUCAGCGACGCCUCUCCAUUCUCUAAUGACCUUCUCAUUGGAAUCCGUUUGGACUAUCUACAUACUCUGUUCUUACUCCACCUAGCGUCUUCGCGACAAUUACAGCACCCUGGAAGGGAUCUACUUGCUAUAGCCGGGGAGAUGCUCUCUCUUGUCACUGAGGCGAUCAUGUUACGUGAUCGGCUCGUAAAUUCAGGCACAUCUUUAACAUGGAAGGUUGCCCAGUAUGGCCUACCUGCAGCUGGGAUUAUAUCGUUGUCCCUGUUGAACGUCCUAGCAUACGAUGACUGGGCUGGAAAACGGACCAAAUGUAUUCAAGAUCUUAAUAUCCUAGUCGCGAAACUCAAAGUUGGGGCCAUUGUUAGGGCAGGCGAGGCGAACUUUGCACUGUUUAGUCGCGCAACAAGGACUAUGCAAAGCUUGCUGAACUUACUAGCCGGAGGUACUUCUAUGAUAGCCCAGCAGACACACACACCAGAUUCUAAUAUUUGGAAUUUGACCGGCGAUCUUAACUUAUUUGCUAAUUUCGAGCCGUGGGACUUUGAGUUUGACUUUUGGGCUAGCUUUGCAGACCACCCCGGAUUAAAUGUUUAUGAAAGUUAG